GCGGGCUACCUGCGUACUAGCCCUGCGUACGUUGAAGGACACAACCCGCGGAAUUGGUGUCUUCUGCAAGAUUGAAAUCAUGGCAGGUCCAGAAGCUGAUGCCCAAUUCCAUUUCACUGGUAUCAAAAAAUAUUUCAACUCUUACACUCUCACAGGUAGAAUGAAUUGUGUACUGGCCACAUAUGGAGGCAUUGCUUUGAUGAUCUUAUACUUCAAGUUAAGAUCUAAAAAAACACCAGCUGUGAAAGCAACAUAAACAGAUUUUAACUUGUACCUCAUCUGUUAAGUUCCCAUGCCUGGAGAAGCUUUUGUCAGCUCAUGAUGUGAUAUUCAAUUUGUACAAUAAAUUAUGAACCUGGAA